UCCUGAAGAGCAGCCAAGGCAGGACAGCUGCUGUGUGACCCUGGACAGGUCACUUCCCCUCCGUUUGCCCGUUCCUCCUCUGUAAAUGGCCGUAAGAGCCGCCCCUCCCUCCGUCCCAGGGGGGUCCUGGGGAGGCCCUGGGCCCUGUGUUGGCCCCGUUUAACGUUCAUCUUCUCCCCCUUCUCAGCGAGGAGCUUGUUGGCACCUUCAAAAUAAGACGCUUCUCCGGCCUUCCGGGAGCUUCCGGGAAAAUAACCUUCAGGAGAUUGAAGGGUCUGCCUUCCCGCGGCCAGCCGCAGACCCCUGGCUGAAGGCUGGGCGGCCCCCUUCCCCCUGCUGUGCUCGGGAUGAGGAGGGCUGCCCAGAUUGGGGAGCCUCCGUGGCCACGUUUCUGGCCAGGAAAGGGCUGCCGGGGUGUCCGGGGGUCCAGGAGGCGUCUAGGCGGGCUCCCCCCUUCCCCGAAGGCUUUCACCGUCUCCAGCACCCCCAGAGGGUGCCCUUUGGCAGACGGGGUGCCGGGCAUGGUGGGGGCUCCCCGAGCCUUCGGCCUUGGGCAAGAGCCAGAGAGCCCCGGUUCUCUGGCACCCCCUUUCUGGAGUGCCGUCUGCUUGGCUCCGUGGGGGAGGCAAGAUGGGCCUGUUGAUCGGCGCUGGCUUGGGGGGCCCAAAUCCAAGUUCCGGAGGGACAAGACGAGAAGGGCCUGGAGCAGAAAGGAACCCAGUCCCCGAGGAGGUGGCCGACAUCUUCAACGCCCCCAGCGACGACGAGGACUUUUUCGGGUUCGGAGAUGACGUUCCCAUGGAAACGCUGUACCUGGAGGACAGUUUCGACUCCCCGGAGCCAGGAAAGAAGGAGCUGCACUUCCAUCCCACGCACACCACGGAGGAGCUGCGAAGGAUUUUCACCGAGGACACAGACUCGGAGACGGAGGACUUCGAGGGAUUUGCCUCGAGUGAGCUGAAGAGUCCCCCUGAGCUCAUGCUCACAGAGUCUGAAUCCAGCGAUGAAGAAGAUGCUGGAAGGGAGCCUGCGGGCAUCGAGGAGGAAGAGGAGGAGGAGGAGGAAGAGGAGGAGGAGGAGGCCACCACAAAGCCCGCCUCCAGAAGGAGCAGCUUUGGACUUCGAGUCGCCUUCCAGUUCCCCAGCAAGAGUAAAUCGGAUAUAAAGAAAAGGUAUUCGGAGCCCUCCUUUUCCAGUGUACAUUUUGAAGAGAAUGAAAAAGUCCACAAUUUGGGAAGGAAGAAAAACGGGAGAGCCGGGUACGGAGCCAUGGAAGGGUCCGCAUCGGAGUCUGAAGACGAGGCGAGGGAGCUGGGUCAGAGCGAUUCCGAUGCCCUGCUCAAGCGGGCGAUGAACAUCAAGGAGAACAAGGCCAUGCUGGCUCAGCUCCUGGCGGAGCUGCAUUCUCUCCCGGAGCUGUUCCCCGUGCAGACGCCGAGCCCGACUUACAAAAAGAAGUCGACCAGGCGGGCCUUUUCAGAGGGACAGAUAACACGGCGCAUGAAUCCCACCCGCAGCGCCCGGCCUCCGGAAAGGUUUGCCGUGGAGAACUUCUCGGUGUCGGCUCACUUCGAGGAGGAGCUGUGUGCUUUCCGGCGGGGGAAGAGGAUGAGCAGGGGGAGGUGCCGGGUCUACAGGAAGCGGCGUCUGUCCUCCUUCCGGAGGGUGGAUGAGAUCACCGAAGACGAGCUGGAAAACGUGGCCGUCACCGUCCGGGACAAGAUCUACGACAAGGUGCUGGGGAACACGUGCCACCAGUGUCGCCAGAAGACCAUCGACACCAAGACGGUGUGCCGCAAUCUGGACUGCGGGGGUGUCCGGGGGCAGUUCUGCGGCCCCUGCCUGCGCAACCGCUACGGCGAGGAUGUGCGGGAGGCCCUCCUGGACCCGGACUGGAUGUGCCCCCCCUGCCGCGGGAUCUGUAACUGCAGUUACUGUCGGAGGCGCGACGGCCGCUGUGCCACUGGGAUCCUCAUCCACCUGGCCAAGUUCUACGGCUACAACAACGUGAAAGAGUAUCUGGAGAGCAUACAGAAGCAGCUGACCAAGGACCACUGAGCGGCCGAGAGGCCGCCGCGCUGACCGGACGGGACGAUUGCGCCGGUCUGUCUGCACGGCGGCUCGCCGGCUCCCUCCGGACGCUGCUUCUUCUGGACGGUUUCUCAGGAAAGGGGCUCCCUCGCGGGCUCCCUGCCAGCGUCCGGCCUGCACAGACGCCGGCCACGACGGUCUUUUUUGUUGUUGCUCCUCUUGGAGAGCCCAUCCCCCCCGAAGGCCACGCUCUGGGGGAGCCCCGGGCCUCCCCCAGUCUCGGAUGUCCGCGAGAUCUAGAAUCGAAGCGGUUUUUCUUUUCCCUUUUAUUACAAAGUGCAAUUAUGUGUAAGAACUUGAACAGUUUUAUUUUCAGCGAGGCCCGAGGCCCAGUUUGCUUGUGGACGGCGGCACCCGAUGGACCGCUCACCCACAUCCGCCAGAAAGGGGCACCUAGACUUGGGGGGCUCCCCUCCCCCACUUUUAUUUGGCUGAUGCUUUAGUGUGUGUAAGAGGGAGAACUCUCAAAUUUUGUUUUCUGGAUGCCUGGGUAAAUGGGUGGGGGGCCUCCCUUCUCCCUGGGGGGCUCCCCUGUCCCCUGGGGGCCUCUCUUCUCCGGGGGGGGGGGGCUCCCCUGUCCCCUGGGGGCCUCCCUUCUCCCCUGGGGGCUCCCCUCUCCCCCGGGGGCUCCCCUCUGCCUGGGGCUGGGUUCUGGGGUGUCCUCUGUUUCUUCCCCCCCUUUGCUGGUCCCCGGGAGGAGGCCGCCCUGGGCUCACACGGACAGCAGCAGGGCCGCCCCGGCCAGCACCCACUUGGCCGCCUUGUCGCGGCUCCGGAGGCCGAAGGUGCACACGUAGGUGGGGCCGCGCGCGCGGGUCCUGUACACGGGGCACUCGUAGGCGGGCUGCGGGUCCCGCCGGGCGGCCGGGGCGGCUCUCACGAAGAGGACGGGCAUCGGGGCGGCGAGCUCCAUGAGGCGGGCGUCCGCCAGGCUGCCGGCCUGCACGUCCCAGCGCGCCCCUAGGACAGAGGCCUGCCGUCAGCGCCCCCCAAUAAACCUUCCUGUUCUCAUGCA